GUCAGGUGCACCGCUGAGUGAGCGCAGGUGAGCGCCUGGGAGAAGGCGGCAUUGAGAUUGCAUCAGCUAGCGUUGAAAUGACACUAGCAGAGCGGAAGACGAACUCAGAAAGAGCUCCACACCGCACGUACUUAUAAACAGGCCGUCUUCUGCAAGUAGCACACAUAGGAGUAGAUAGCAGCGUUCCCUUCAACGUCAUGGCUGAGAUCAACUUCAUCCAGAACAACGAACAAUAUGCCUCCAACUUCGGCGACAGAGGUAAACUGGCCCUUCCUCCGAGCAAGAAACUCAUUGUUGUAACUUGUAUGGAUGCUCGUAUCAACCCGGCAGAGGCCCUUGGCAUCAAGGAUGGCGAAGCCCACGUUAUCCGCAACGCUGGCGGCCUGACCAAGGAAGCGGUGCGAUCCGUCGUUAUCUCUCAGCGCCUCCUCGGCACCAAGGACAUUCUUGUGAUCCAGCACACCGAUUGCGGAAUGCUCACCUUCACCGAUCCUAGUCUCCGCGAACAAAUCACGCAGGCGCAUUCGGGAAACGACGGAGUCACCAAUGCUGUCAAAAACUUUGAGUUCGGGCCCUUUGAUGAUCUUGACCAGAGCAUCAAGAACAACGUACAGUUCUUGAAAGAGGAUCCACUCGUCCUGACUGGCGGCAGUAUCACCGGAUAUGCAUACGCAGUUGAGACAGGGAAGCUCAGACGAGUUGCUUGA